AAACUCUCUCUCUCAAUUUUCUUCUAACCAUUUUUUAUUUCUCUGCUUGUGCUCUGCUUUCCGUUAUCCUCUGUUUUCCCUGGUUUUCUCUUCCCUGUUUUUCGCAUCCUAUUCCAAAGGGUCAAGAUAUAUUAGUGUUUGUUUCUGUUUUAAAGAGAGUUCAAGAGAAAUCUUGGAGUGGGUUUUCUUAAAAAAGGUUAUGGCUCGAGAACUAGCAGGGUCUAGUCGGGCCUUUUUGCGUAGUGAUAAAAAUGGUGGUUUUAGUGUAACAGGGGAAUUUCAAAACCCAUUACUUAGGUUUGUAAAUCCGGAAAACGAUCAGGAUAAAAGUUCUGUUUUAGGGAUUCAAUGCACUGAUGAAGCAGCAGAUAAGAGAAUUAAAGAAACACCAAAAAAGAACGAGGAACAGGCUGCGGUGGCUGGUACACUUUUGAAUUUACGUCCAUUUGGUUUAAAACUAAGUGUUACACCAAAUCUUUUAGAUUUAGCGGAGAAAAAACUAAACAACUGCAAAUAUGCAGUGAAGGCAAAUCAUCAACCUAAGGUUGAUGAUUUGGGGUCUUCAGAGAAGUUGAAGGCUGCUAACUUCUCAGCCAAAGUGCUCAAGAUUGGCACUUGGAAGAGAGAAGCCAAAAAUGAAAGUGAUUUGGUAGCUAAAUGUUACUAUGCUAAAAGGAAGUUAGUAUGGGAAGUCUUGGAAAGUGGCUUGAAAAACAAGAUUGAAAUCCAAUGGAAUGAUAUAACAGCAAUGAGAGCUUUUAUUCAAGAAAAUCAGCCAGGAAUUCUUGAACUUGAGUUGAACCAGGCUCCUAGCUUCUUUGUGGAACAAGAUCCACAGCCAAGAAAACACAGUAAGUGGCAACCAGCAUCCGAUUUCACUGGAGGCCAAGCUUCUACUUACAGGAGGCAUUACCUUCAGUUUCCUCCAGGAUCAUUUGACAAACACUAUGAGAAGCUUUUACAAUGUGAUCAGAGAUUAUACCAGUUAUGCCAUAAACCAUUUCCAAGCCUUCAAUCUCCUUACUUCGAGCCAAUUAUUUGCAGAUUUUCAGAUUUUUCUUUUCAUUACCAUGGAGAUCAUAGGCCUGGUAUCAAUCUUGGAUUGCCGUUUAAUUUUUCUAGCAUUCCCUCUCCUUUGGUAGCUACCCAAACAUCUUUUCAAGAAACACAUUCACCAAUUUCAGUUAUGGAUUUUUCGCAUUCAGAUGAGCAAAAUAGCAACAAAAUAGUAUUUGACGGUUCAAGAAUGGAAUUAUGGGAUGGUCAAAAUGCAGCAGCAGCAGCAGCAGCAGAGACCUUAUCAUCUCCUACUAUUCAAUUCUCUCCUCCAGUGACGAAUCCUGCAAUUUCUUACCAAAACUAUGGCAACCCAUCAAAUUAUGGUCAAACUACUAAUAUGUUCACCAGGAUUGAAGAUUAUUUAUUCAGUGACAGACAAGUGGAAGGUUGUUAUGAUGAGCAAUAUCAUAUGGCUAGAGUCGAGUCGCUAAAUGAAUUGGUCAAUCUCCCACAGCAGCUGCAACAAGAAGAGAAUCUUGCAAGUGAAAAUGGUUCACAACAAGCAUUUUAUGAACAUGAAAUGGGUAUUAGUGAACAAUUUCAAGUCUAUGAUCAGCAGCAUCAGCAUCAUCAAAUUUCUUGGAAUGACCUGCCUUACACUAAUGUUGUAAACGAUCCAAGAAUGGAAAAUUUUGGUACUAUCCAAUACCAACAACCCUAUCGAUAGUUACAGGAACUAUUUCAAAGAUGACUGUAUAUGUUAGCAUUAGCAUCUUACAUUUUCUCCUUUUCUUCCCUAAAUUCAGCUCCUUUUUUUUUUU